UCAAUGAUUCACUCUGUGGAGUCCUGCCCACGUCCCCUCAUGACGUGUGAAAAGCAGAUGCGCUGACCUGAGAUCAGCCUCAAGCUGCCACUGUGACUGCGCUCUGUUUGGAGUCCUGUCAGUGUGAAGCGCGCAGAGCACGGAUCACCUCAUCCUUCACACAGCAUCCUCUUCAGUACAAACCAGAACUACCAGCUCCUCUUGAUCCUCAGGCUGUUGUCACAUGAGCAGGUCUGUCAAACACUGAUGGGAGUGGAGUAUAGUAACCAUGGCACACUGUAAUCUGCGGACACCACCUUCCUCUCCUCAAGAUGAUGUUAACCUGGGACCUUCAGCAAACCCAAAUGCCAGGCCCACUGACUUUGACUUCUUGGCUGUCAUUGGCAAAGGGACCUUUGGAAAGGUCCUGCUUGCCAAGCAUAAAGCCGACAGCAAAUUCUACGCUGUCAAAGUCCUGCAGAAGAAAAUCAUCCUGAAGAAAAAAGAGCAAAAGAACAUCAUGGCAGAGAGAAACGUGCUGCUGAAGAGCCUCAAACACCCGUUUCUGGUUCGGCUUCACUACUCGUUUCAGACUGUAGAGAAGCUCUACUUUGUCCUGGACUAUGUAAAUGGCGGAGAGUUGUUCUUCCACUUGCAGAGAGAGCGGUGUUUCUCAGAACCCAGAGCGAGAUUCUACACGGCUGAGGUAGCAAGCGCCAUCGGCUACCUUCACUCUCUCAACAUUGUUUACAGAGAUCUGAAGCCAGAAAAUAUACUUUUAGACUGUCAGGGCCAUGUGGUGCUGACAGAUUUUGGGCUGUGCAAGGAGGGUGUGGAGCCGGAGGCAACCACCUCGACUUUCUGUGGCACUCCAGAAUAUUUGGCGCCAGAGAUUCUUCGUAAGGAACCGUAUGACAGGACAGUGGACUGGUGGUGCCUGGGAGCCGUGCUGUAUGAGAUGCUCUUCAGCCUGCCUCCUUUCUACAGCCGUGAUAUUGGUGAAAUGUACGAUGGGAUCCUUCACAAGCCGCUGAUGCUGCCUCCGGGAAAGUCUGAGGCCGCCUGCUCUCUGCUGAUGGGUCUUCUCCAGAAAGACCAGCACAGACGCCUGGGAGCCAUCGCAGACUUUUUAGAAAUAAAGAACCACACUUUUUUCACUCCGAUCAACUGGGACGACCUUUACCACAAGAGAAUCACCCCUCCUUACAACCCUAAUGUGAGGGGCCCAGCUGACACUCAACAUAUUGAUCCUGAGUUCACCAGAGAAAUGGUUCCUAACUCAGUGAGUCAGACCCCAGAGUUCAAUCCCAGCACCAGCUCCAGCAAUGCCUUUAAUGGGUUCUCCUUUGUCGGCACCGAGGACAGCUUUCUGUGACAUCCGGACAGAUGAAUCGCAGCUAACUGUUUAAAUGAUUUUUUAGCGCAGAAAUCUUGUUCAUUAUUUUUAAAAGUUUUCUCACAAAGAUAAGUGUUCCUCAUGUAACACAGCAGGAAUCCCACAUGACAUCGGUCAUGUUUGACCGUUGCAGUGAAACGAGCAUGUAGCAGAAAGGGCAAGUCUGCAAUGAAGACACUGUUCGAAAUAAGUUCAAGUUCGAAAUAUGUAAAACGUCUUGUUUGGGGGGGUCCCGUGUUUAGGAUAUACACAAACAAGUUAUGCAGUUGGAGUGUCCUUAAAAUGUAACAAGAAGUGCCUUUAUUUCAGUUAUUUGUAGAGAAAUGAAGAACACAUGAGGCCGGAUAAAGACAAAACUUAUUUUUCUUUGUAUUUUUUUAAAGGCUUUAGCAUAUUGUACCUGCACAAAACACCAUCUUUGUGUGUCUAUAUCAAGACUUAGCAUUGUUGCUCACUGAUCCUGUUUUUAUAGAAAGUAGAUCCUGAUGAACAUGUUUUUUUAAAUUUAGCAACGGAUAAUAAUCAUGGAGUCCAGCACUGAGAAUAAUAAAAAAAAGAAAGAAAAAAUACUACAAGAAGAAAUUCAUAUAUUUAAAAAAAAAAAAACUUUCUUACUCUUAACAGGUUAGAUAGUAACAAUUCUAGUGCAGUGUUUUGCUUUUUAACAUCAGUUAUCAGUGCACACUUGGCAUGUUUUCUUCAUUUGUUUUCAUCUUUUUGUCACACGGUGCUACUGAUGAUUCUAUGCAGCAUGUUUCUCCUUAAAGACCAAAAAAAGGAUUAAAAAAAUCUUUGACCAAAGAAGGAGAAAAAAAUGUUGAAAAGUAAUACGAGCCGUGCUAUUCGCAGUGAUAAAACAGUGAAGGUGGCAUAGCUGGGUGCGAAACACUGGCUACUAGUUAUUGCAGCGGUGAUCAUAGCUGCAAAUGUACUAAAUGUCCACACCGAUUUGCUAAUGAUGCACUGAUGCAGUACCUUUGACUAACUUCAGUCAGUCAGUCAGCUAUGGCUCUGUGUGCACGAUAUAGUCGUUUAUUAUGAGGAUUAUACAGUAGUCAUGAUCAAAGUAUUCAUUUGUUCUUUUGUCUGUAGAUAUAAGUUUAGCUUCACUGGUUUAUAUAACAGGUUAAAAAAGUUGCCAUGUCUUCGUGGAAAUACGGUGUCGAGUACUGUAAAUAUACAGCAGCAGCUUUGCAGCAGGAUUAUUACAGUACUACUGUGAUUAUAUCAGUGUAAACUGUGAAGUGCCUCUCUGACUUGGCUGUGAAGUUGGUGAUGGCAGUUGUAGGUGAUACAGUUAAAAAUGUACAGUCAAUAACAUGUCCUUGCAUUCUGUUUUUAUAAUUCUAUUCAUAUACGCCUGAAGUCUUGUUUGUGUAUGUAUUCUGGUUUCUGAACAUAGCACGCUGAUAUUUACCUCCUUAAAAACUUGUUAAUCUUGUUCAAUAUUUCAUCUUAACAAAUGGUGUAUCACAUGCUUUACUGUGAAACCAAAUACACUCAUGUACCCGCAUGA